AUGGAAACUGCGAGGGACACCUGUGGUUGUCUUCUGAUUAUAAGAUUCGAACAUGCAGAUAAUGACCUUCCUCCUGCUGCUGCACUAAACCAAUACCCUCAUUUGAAUGCUUCAACCACAUACUCCUUGAACAUCCCUAAUUCCCAACAUGAAUCGCAAAUCCAUGAGAAACUACCAGCUUACCAAGAAGCGACUCAUGAAUUCAUUGGCUCUCCCCUCGAGGAUGUUGUCACCAAGAACAGCGCCAACGGCCAGCAAUGGCGAGACACGAUAGAAGGAGUCUGCAAUUCAAUAAAGAAAGCUGGUCGAAAGAUUGUCUUUGCAAACAUCGUGGGUGCCAAAGCCCAUCUGUCCUCGACGGAUAAGGACGAUAUGCAAGAGGUUAUAUCAGUGACUCUUUUAACUAAGGCUGGUAUUUCUGUGGGCGCACUUCAUCUACAUUUCGAUAGCACCUGGAAGUUAUUUCCACGAGGUCGCGGAGUAAAGGCUGGACACGCUCCUAAAAUCAAGAGAGCGAGUCUCCCAGGGUGUAUUUCGACUAAUGGCACUCCCUAG